GAAAAUUCGGAAACCGAAAACUGCACUCCGGAGAACUUCGAGUUUCACAUUAGUCUCGUCUCGUGGCCGGCAUUACUUAAAGUUUUCUAGUUAAAGUGCUCGUCCGAUUUAAAAUUAAACUUUAAAGAUGUAUCGUCUACCGAACGCCGUGAGAUCUUUGGCCAUCCGCAAAGCCCAUCAGCACAACCAAAUACAAAGAUGGUAUGCCAAAGACGUUAGAUUCGGUUCCGAGGUCCGAGCCCUCAUGCUUCAAGGAGUCGACGUUCUCGCAGAUGCCGUUGCAGUCACCAUGGGUCCAAAGGGCAGAAACGUGAUCAUCGAACAAUCAUGGGGUUCCCCGAAGAUCACCAAGGACGGCGUGACCGUCGCCAAGGGUGUGGAACUGAAAGAUAAGUUCCAAAACAUUGGCGCUAGAUUGGUACAAGAUGUCGCCAAUAACACCAACGAAGAGGCCGGUGAUGGUACCACUACAGCCACAGUUCUAGCUCGCUCGAUUGCCAAAGAAGGCUUCGAGAAUUUGGGCAAAGGGGCCAACCCGGUGGAGAUUCGCAAAGGAAUCAUCACAGCCGUUGAGAAAAUCACGCAGACUUUGAAAACCCUAUCGAAGCCGGUAACUACGCCCGAUGAGAUAUGCCAAGUGGCUACGAUUUCUGCCAACGGAGACAAGUCCGUGGGUAAUCUGAUCGCUGAUGCGAUGAAGAAGGUGGGCAAGGAUGGUGUAAUUACCGUCAAAGACGGCAAGACUCUGAGCGAUGAAUUGGAGAUUAUCGAAGGAAUGAAAUUCGACAGGGGUUACAUUUCACCUUACUUUGUAAAUACUACCAAAGGUGCCAAAGUUGAAUACCAAGACGCUUUGUUGUUGCUUAGCGAGAAGAAAAUUUCGUCUGUUCAAAGUAUAAUACCUGCUCUCGAAUUGGCCAAUUCCCAAAAGAAGCCUCUCAUCAUUGUGGCUGAAGACGUUGACGGUGAAGCUCUUACUACUCUCGUUGUAAAUAGACUCCGCAUUGGACUCCAAAUAGCUGCCGUUAAAGCUCCGGGCUUCGGAGACAACAGAAAAUCCACCCUUCAAGAUAUCGCAAUAGCCACAGGAGGUAUCGUAUUCGGUGACGAUGCCAACAUUGUAAAACUGGAGGACAUUAAACUAUCUGACUUUGGUCAAACUGGAGAAGUAGUCAUUACCAAAGACGAUACUCUUAUUUUGAAAGGUAAAGGCAAAAAAGAGGACAUCGAUAGACGAGUGGACCACCUUAAAGAUCAAAUCGAAAACACCACGUCCGAGUACGAGAAGGAAAAACUGCAAGAACGUCUGGCUCGUCUGGCGUCCGGAGUUGCUCUGUUGAAGGUCGGCGGUAGCAGCGAAGUGGAAGUAAACGAGAAGAAAGACAGAGUCACCGAUGCCCUGAACGCCACUAGAGCAGCUAUCGAAGAAGGUAUCGUUCCCGGCGGUGGAACCGCUCUCUUGAGGUGCAGCAGCAGCUUAGAUUCUAUUAAACCGGAAAAUAAUGAUCAAGCAGUAGGAAUCCAAAUCGUAAAGAGAGCUUUAAAAGUCCCGUGCAUGACUAUCGCAAGCAAUGCAGGUGUAGAUGGAGCAUCCGUUGUAGCUAAGGUUGAGCAACACGAAGGCGAUUAUGGUUACGAUGCCCUUAACAACGAAUAUGUUAACAUGUACGAAAGGGGUAUCAUCGAUCCUACAAAAGUUGUCAGGACAGCUAUCGUUGAUGCAUCGGGUGUAGCCUCAUUACUCACCACUGCCGAGGCCGUCAUUACCGAAAUCCCCAAGGAAGAGCCAGCAGCUCAUCCGGGUAUGGGCGGAAUGGGAGGCAUGGGUGGCAUGGGAGGAAUGAUGUAAUUCCGAUAAUUAAACCAAAUAGACUAAAUGUAAACCAGUGACAGCGUCUCGUGAGUGACAAAAACUGAAGGUUUCUGUCGAAAGUUUCCAUUUUCAUGUUUGGCAGAAUUUGUAAUUUUUUUAUACAUUUCUUUUUUAAGUUUGUUUGGAAGAUUCGUGUGUAGUUUUGUUUAUGUGUAAACACGAAUUGAAGAAUUUGUAUGAAUGUGUGAAAUUUAAAAUUGCGGUCGAAAGAGGUUUUUCAGUAAAGUCGAAAUCGUCAUCGUUUGCGAUGCAACUGGAAAAUUUGUUUUGAUCGCAGAACUGAUCUGCAUUUAAAUCUGAAGAUUGAUGAGAAAUAGUUUAGAAAUACCCG